AUGAAAAUAUUACAUUCAAAUGGUUACACUCCUGAAGAAUUAGAAGAAUUCACCCCAUUCAUAUACAAGAACAUCCUAGACUGUAUCAAAAACAUUAUAAAUGCUAUAAUUGAUUUAGACCCAGAUUUAGUUAAAAAUCCUGAUGACGAUUCUCUUGAAGAUGAAUCUCAAGUAACUGGAAUUACAAGUGAGAACAACAAGAUUGCAACCUCUAAUGGGACUUUACGCAAACAUAUUUUGGAUUAUAAUACUUUAAAUGAAAUUUUGGAUUAUGAAUAUUCUUUGGAUACUAUUGAACCGUUUAAUUCCGAAAUUGCCAUUAAAAUUAAAGAAGUUUACAAUAUACCAGAAGUUCGAAAUUUCAUUAAUAAAAGACAAGGGGAAUUUUAUUUGAUUGAUUCAACUUCUUAUUUCCUUUCUAAUAUCGAUAGAAUAUGUUUGAGUCAAGAUUAUCUUCCAACUGUAAUGGAUGUUUUACGUACACGUAAAAAGACUUCAGGUAUUUUUGAUUUCAAAUUUGAUAUGGGUAAUGGUUUAAAUAUUCAUUUAUAUGAUGUUGGUGGACAAAGAUCAGAACGUAAAAAAUGGAUUCAUUGUUUUGAUAAUGUUCAACUUAUUAUUUUUGCCGUUGGUCUUUCUGAAUAUGAUCAAGUAUUACUUGAAGAAAAUGGUCAAAAUCGAUUAGAAGAAAGUCUUUUAUUGUUUGAAUCAAUUUGUAAUUCUCGAUGGUUUUCCAGAACUUCAGUGGUACUUUUCCUUAAUAAAAUUGAUGUUUUCAGCCAAAAACUUGCUUAUUCACCUUUGGAAAAUUAUUUCCCUGAUUAUAGUGGUGGUGCUGAUCUAAAUAAAGCUGUCAAAUAUAUCUUGUAUCGAUUCCAACAAGUGAAUAGAAGUGGCUUGAAAAUUUAUCCUCAUGUUACUUGUGCCACUGAUACAAGUAAUAUUAAAUUAGUCAUGGGUGCUGUAAAAGCAACAAUUUUAGAAAAUUCCCUUAAAGACAUUGGUAUUGAUUAA